AGAAAUUUGUGUUGCUUGAGCGUGAAGAAAAAAUGAAGCCCGUAUUUUGUGGAAACUUAGACUUUGAUUCUCGUCAGUCUGAUGUUGAGAAGCUUUUUAGAAGAUAUGGGAAGGUUGAUAAGGUGGACAUGAAGUCUGGUAAGAUAGUUUUGCUGCUUAAAUGUUUUUCACUAUUUACAUUAAUUAUUUCAACUACGUUAUAAGAUCUGGGUUCUUUGCCCUUUAGUUUAUUUUCUCUUCUGAUGUUGAAUCCAUACUGGUUUACACAAGCUUUAAACUUUUGGUGAGUUUAUGGUAUCUGAUUUUGACAAGUGGUUCCAACUUUGUGUUAAGAAGUUUGCUUUAGAUUAAUGUGGUAAUAUCUGAACAGUAUUUUGGGUUGUGUUCAAGUUGAUAUGCACUGUGUAUGAUCGGUAAGUAUUUAAUAAUUGAAAUCAUAAUUACUGCAAUUUAUGCAUAUCCACUAGGUUCGAUACUGUUUCACAUAAAGCACAGGUUGUGAAGUUUGGCUGUGGUCCCGGGACAACAAGGAAUUUAAAAGGGCCAUACAGAAAUUGAAGCUGCUCUUUUCUUUCGUUUUCUGUUUCUUGGUGGAAAAACCAUUCGGAGUCUGCAUCUCAAUUAUGAGAGUUUCAACUUAUGUUGAGUAGUGGUGGGGUUUUCAGGAUAUGUUUAAGAAUGGGAAAUAUAGUGUACAACCAUUGAAAAGUAUCAUAUGAGAUAUGAUAUAUUGACUCCUUUUGUAUAUCAGUGAUUGUGGAAAACAUUGAGGUUUGGCUACUGUCAUUAACCUCAACUGUUUAAAUUGAUAAGUAUAUAUGUGUUUUGUUUUUGACACUUUAAAAGAUUAAAGAACUGAGAAACUCCCCUUUCACUUGUCAAAUACAAAAUGUUUGACUUAUUUUUCUAGAGAUGGAGGGGAGGGGAAUGCAGUAACACAUACGUGAUAAAACUUCUCAUUGUAAAACAAUUUUAAUCUUUUUAGUGUUUUUUGUGUCUCAAGUUGAAAAUUUCAUUUUUCUAACAAAAAGAAAAACAAAGGAUGUUUUUUGUUUUGUUUCCCUUUUAAGCAAAAUUAUCACAAUUUAUUGCACAAUAGUUGUUAGGAAAAUAUCCCAGCUGUUAUACAAAAGGGUCAAUAUGAAAAUUGCUGUCAGGAUGGGUGUAUACACUAUUUUCCUUUGAGAGAAGCAGGUUUUUUAUGAAGUGUAAACCCCCAUACUCAACAAUUUCUUUGGCGCAGGAUUACUUGGAAUGUCCAUGCUCUUCUUGGAUGGAUGUGCGUCACUGCAUUUAUUUUCUAGCAUGUGCCAGCUUCAUCUUCUUGUAUUUUUCCAGAAGAAUUAAUCUGAUCUGCCUUAGUCCUGCCAUUCUACAUUCCCUCAGUCACCAUUGCUUUUUCAUUCCCCAUGAAUUUUGCACAGUGUUCAAUUUCCGACAUGUUUCACCAUAGAAACAUGACAAUAUCGCAGCCAGUGGCAGGAUUUGCUUUUGUCUAUAUGGAGGAUGAGCGAGAUGCUGAAUAUGCAAUACGAAGACUUGACAGGACAGAAUUUGGUAGAAAGGGGCGACGACUUCAUGUUGAGUGGACUAAGCAAGAACGUGGGAUUAGAAGACCCAGUGACUCGAAAAGAUCUUCAGCGAACAUGAGACCAUCAAAAACCUUGUUUGUUAUUAACUUUGACCCAAUUCAUACUAGAACAAGAGAUCUGGAGAGGCACUUUGAUUCGUAUGGGAAAAUACUGAAUAUAAGGAUAAGAAGAAAUUUUGCAUUUAUUCAGUUUGAAUCACAAGAGGAUGCUACAAGAGCAUUGGAUUCAACAAACUUGAGCAAGUUUCUAGAUCGAGUCAUAUCAGUUGAAUAUGCUGUCCGUGAUGAUGAUGACAGAAGAAAUGGGCACAGUCCUGAUAGGAGAGGCCGUGGUGUGUCUCCUGAUAAACGAAGCAAUGAUCGUGGGAGAUCCCCAAGUCCAUACCGUAGAGAUAGGGCUAGUCCUGACUAUGGCCGUGGAUCUCAUCCAAGUUCUAGACUUGAACCAAGAGGAAGUCCUGAUUAUGACGGAGCUUCAAGCCCAGUCAAUGAUAGAUAUCACAGCAGCAGCCGUAGCCGCAGCCGUUCACCCCCACUGCGGGAAAGAUCUCGGUCCUGAGAAGGAAUGCAUUGAAGUUUCAAUAUAUUAGUUGGUAGGUUGUUUGUUUCUUCGGUGAUGCUCUAAGAUUAGUGUUAUUGUUAUGGUGAAUUUGAAUCAUGGCCCGCAUGGCCACUAAAAGACCUUUGCCUAGGAUCCCCACAAAAAGGACCUGAUAUAAAAUUGUCACGUUAAGUA